GCCGCCGAACCGCAGGCAGCUGAGAAGACCCUUAGUGUGUAGUAGUGUGUGUGUGUAGUAGUGCAUAUGUAUGUGUAUGUGUGUCAUUGCUGAGUGACCCAUGAUGUCUCACUGCAGAUUGCUCUCGCGGCUCCUCUUGCAGCAGCAGCAGGUUGGAGUCCGACGCUGUUACACAGCCACACGGAAGAGUCUCUACAUCAACAAGGACACUAAAGUCAUCUGUCAGGGUUUCACAGGAAAACAGGGAACCUUCCACAGUCAGCAGGCUCUGGAUUAUGGCUCCAAGUUAGUCGGAGGCGUGUCUCCUGGAAAAGGCGGGAAAACUCACCUGGGGUUGCCGGUGUUCAACUCUGUGAAGGAGGCGAAGGAGGGAACAGGAGCCGACGCCACAGUUAUCUAUGUUCCUCCUCCGUUCGCGGCAGCGGCCAUCAUUGAGGCCAUUGACUCUGAGAUCCCACUGGUGGUGUGUAUCACGGAGGGAAUCCCGCAGCAGGACAUGGUGCGGGUCAAACACAGGCUCCUUCGCCAGAACAUCACCCGCCUCAUCGGCCCCAACUGCCCCGGGGUCAUUAACCCUGGAGAGUGUAAGAUCGGGAUCAUGCCUGGACACAUUCACAAGAAAGGAAGAAUCGGCAUCGUGUCGAGGUCCGGGACGCUGACGUAUGAAGCGGUUCACCAGACGACGCAGGUGGGACUCGGCCAGUCUCUGUGUGUCGGAAUCGGUGGAGAUCCGUUUAACGGCACAGACUUCAUCGACUGUCUGGAGGUGUUUCUGCAGGACCCAAAAACAGAGGGAAUCAUCCUGAUCGGGGAGAUCGGAGGCAGCGCAGAGGAGAACGCAGCCGAGUUUCUGAAACAACACAACACUGGUGCUAAGGCUAAACCAGUGGUGUCGUUUAUCGCCGGUCUCACGGCGCCCCCUGGCAGGAGGAUGGGUCAUGCAGGUGCCAUCAUUGCAGGAGGAAAGGGCGGGGCUAAAGAGAAGAUCGCCGCCCUGCAGUCGGCUGGCGUGGUGGUCAGCAUGUCUCCUGCCCAGCUAGGAAGCACCAUUUUCAAGGAAUUCGAGAAGAGGAAGAUGCUGUAACGCGGACGUGACGCGGACGAACAUCGUCGACGCUCCAGAAGUGUUUUAUUAUUGUUUUCAGCCAGGAAAUUACAAAUCCUGGAGAAUUUUCCAGAACGAUUUUCUUGUUCUUUAUCACAGCGAGCUGACGGUCAUAAUUCCUCUGUGACAUUAAAACCUUCGAUGUCGAUGUCACGGGCGAGCGCAGGGGCGGCGCAUGUACAGCGUGUAUCACCUUCAUCUUCACUUCCUCAUCAUCACUCAUUCUGCACAGUCUGAAAUAUAAUAUAACUCUCUUUCCUCCUCCUG